UGAAUAAAUCUACUUGUUUUAUAUACUGACGGUGACCGUUUUCCAUAUAAAUACUACAGGGAUAGAUGUAAUAGCAACAGUUGCCAAACACCAACCAUGCGUCUCUUCCUCGCUUUACUGGCUCUGGGCAUCGCAGCCGUAACGGCUGUCCCAGCAAACCCUCAGAGGAUCGUGGGUGGUUCUAUUACAACUAUUGAGCAGUAUCCCAACAUUGUUGCUCUGCUGUUCUCCUGGAAUGGAAUCAGUUUCUUCCAAGAGUGCGGUGGUACUAUUCUCAAUAGCCGACAUGUCCUCACUGCCGCUCACUGCCCUUACUACGAGACAGUCAAUACGUGUCGUGUUCGAUCUGGUUCAACUUUUGCAAACAGCGGCGGUGUGGUUCACAACCUAAACAGCUUCUUGAUCCACCCUAAUUACAACUCAAGAACCCGAGAUUACGAUAUCGCCAUUAUGCGCACCGCCACCACAAUUGCCUUCAACAACGCUGCACAACCCGCCAAAAUUGCUGGCCCUAACUACAUCGUCGGUGACAACCAAGUUGUCUGGGCCGCCGGAUGGGGUGCCAUUUGGUACGAAGGCCCUGGAUCAGAACAGCUGCGCCACGUCCAGGUCUGGACUGUGAACCAGGCCACGUGUAGGUCUCGCUUCGCCGCUAUUGACCGCAUCAUCACCGACAACAUGUUGUGCUCCGGUUGGCUCGACGUCGGUGGUCGCGAUCAGUGCUAUGGUGAUUCCGGCAGUCCUCUCUUCCACAACGGUGUCGUUGUUGGAGUGUGCUCCUGGGGUCACGAAUGCGCUUUGCCUCGCUUCCCUGGUGUCAACGUCCGUGUCUCACGAUUUGCUAACUGGAUCAGCAGCAACGCUCUAAUGUAAUGAUCGAAGUACAAUUAUUAACAAAAAAAAAUCGUCUACUAAAAAAAAUAUGUUAAUUUUAGUGGAAAGUUGUUUGAGAUAUACAGUGUGUUCCAUUGUGAACUACGAACACUCAUACUUCAAUC